UGGGGUUCAGCAGCCAGCAUGGCCACAGCUGCCUCCAGCCCCUACACCUUGCUUAGCUCCAGCCCCAUGAUCCACCCGGACAGCCAGGCCAUGCAGCCUGCUAGCCCCUACAGAGGACACCAGAAACUCCUGCACAGUGACUACCUGCAGAGCGUCCAGAGCAACGGGCACUCGCUCGGGCACCAGUGGGCGAGCAAUCUGUCGGAGAGCAGCCCCUGGUCGACCUCCAUGGAACAGCAGGACGUCAAACCGGGAAGAGAAGACCUGCAGCUCGGCAUCAUCCAUCACCGCUCGCCUCACGUCGCCCAUCACUCCCCUCACCACAACAACCAUGGCAACCACCCGGGAGCGUGGGGGACUCCGGUGUCCCACAACUCCUCCAUCACCAGCGGACAGCAGAUCAACAUCUACUCCCAGACGGGGUUCACUGUCAACGGCAUGCUGGACCACGGCGGGCUCACGCCUCCGCCCAACCCGCAGGGCCAAGGCAUGCACCCGGGCCUCAGGGACACGCUCAGCCCGGAGCACAGCGACCUGGGCGGCCACCACUGCCACGACCACUCCGACGAGGAGACGCCGACUUCGGACGAGCUGGAGCACUUUGCCAAACAGUUCAAGCAGCGGCGGAUCAAGCUGGGCUUCACGCAGGCGGACGUGGGCUUGGCUCUGGGCACCCUCUACGGCAACGUCUUCUCCCAAACGACCAUCUGCAGGUUCGAGGCUCUGCAGCUGAGCUUUAAAAACAUGUGCAAACUCAAGCCGCUGCUGAACAAGUGGCUGGAGGAAGCAGACUCGUCCACGGGCAGCUCCAGCAGCAUAGACAAGAUAGCAGCUCAGGGGAGGAAGAGGAAGAAGAGGACGUCCAUCGAGGUGAGCGUGAAGGGGGUCCUGGAGACGCACUUUCUCAAGUGUCCCAAACCGUCCGCGCAGGAAAUCACGUCCCUCGCGGACACACUGCAGCUGGAGAAGGAGGUGGUCCGCGUGUGGUUCUGCAACCGGAGGCAGAAGGAGAAGCGCAUGACGCCGCCGGGGGAGCCGCCGCCGCAGCCCCACGAGGGGCCUUAUUCCCACGGCGGAAGCGCUGGGGACGCGUCCUCGUGCCACGACCUCUGACCGGAGCACCGGGAGGGAUCACCCCCGGUCGGACUCUCGAACCGAGGGGGGCACGCGUUGCCUGCCCCGGUACAGACUCUUCCAGAAGACCUCCAGCACCGGAGAUACCCGCCCAGCCUUGGCCUCUUUCGAACAGGGCAUUAUUCAUUUCACUGCGUGGAGCCCGUCUAAUUAUUUGGAUAUAAAUACAAAAAAAUGUGCCUAUAAUCUACCAGCGCCUCUAGUUUCUGUCCGGACUUGAUUUGAUUUUUAUUUUUUCCCUCUUUUUUUUGUGCAGUGACACAAAUUACUGUUAUUUUCUCAACUGAUUUCAAUGUCCACUCCGGCUCACAAUUCUUCGGUAUCAUUAUUUUGUAACAUACUCGUCCAGCAUCUGUAAUUAUUAUUAUUAUUAUUAUUGUUUUGCAUAUGCAAAUAGGCCCACGGUGCAGUUGUAGUGGCUACCAACAUAAUAGCACUUGAAGUUUUGGCCUGUAGCUGACCGGGCCGGUCACAAAAACAAUUAUUUAUAAAUGCAUUUAUUUGAUUUCCACUCAUCUUUGACCAUUUAAACUGUGUAGACUCUGAAACAGAGCCGUGGAUAGGACAAAAAGGGGUUUGACGCGAUACACCUGCCUAUAAUUUUAUUGUACGUUCACUAUCCAAAUUUUUAUAAUAUGAAAUACUCCUGUUAUUCGUUUAUUUCACAGGUAUUUUUUCGAAUAUUGUACAGUUUUUAUAUAUUACCCUUUUGAAGUCAUUAAUUUAAACAAAUGCUCUUAGUUAUCCCUGCACUUCACUAGCAAUGUAAAAAAAAAAACAUAUUUUCAGUAAAAUUGAACUGUUUGGGCGGUUUUAUUCCAAAUUUCGAUGACAGCUCAAGUAAUUAUUUAUUUUCAGUAUAAAGCUUGUAUUAUGUUUUGAAAUAAACUAUGUAUGUUGUAAUAAACCAUUUCUUGCUACAAUUGUUUACUGUCCA